AUGAGGAAGCAGAGCGCGCGCACCGCCGCGCUCGUCCUGUGCAUCGUCUCCUACCUCCUGGUGGGCGCCGCGGUCUUCGACGCGCUCGAGUCCGAGGCGGAGAGCGGCCGCAAGCGGCUGCUGGCCCAGAAGCGGAGCGAGUUGCGGAGGAAGUACGGCUUCUCGGCCGAGGACUACCGCGAGCUGGAGCGCCUGGCGCUGCAAGCCGAGCCGCACCGCGCCGGCAGCCAGUGGAAGUUCGCCGGCUCCUUCUACUUCGCCAUCACCGUCAUCACCACCAUCGGGUACGGCCACGCCGCGCCGGGCACGGACUCGGGCAAGGUCUUCUGCAUGUUCUACGCGCUCCUGGGCAUCCCCCUGACCCUGGUCACCUUCCAGAGCCUCGGCGAGCGGCUGAACGCGCUGGUGCGGCGCCUCCUGCUGGCGGCCAAGCGCUGCCUGGGCCUGCGGCGGCCGCGCGUGUCCCCCGAGAACAUGGUGGUGGCCGGGCUGCUGGUGUGCGCGGGCACCCUGGCCCUCGGGGCCGCCGCCUUCGCGCACUUCGAGGGCUGGACCUUCUUCCACGCCUACUACUACUGCUUCAUCACGCUCACCACCAUCGGCUUCGGCGACUUUGUGGCGCUGCAGAACGACGAGGCGCUGCAGAGAAAGCCGCCCUACGUGGCCUUCAGCUUCCUGUACAUCCUCCUGGGACUCACGGUCAUCGGCGCCUUCCUCAACCUCGUGGUCCUGCGCUUCCUGGCGGCCGGCGCGGACGCGCCUGCGCGCGCUGCCCGCCCGCUCCGCCCGGGGGCGCCCGAGAGCCAAGGGCCCGCGCACCGCGCCGGCCUCCUCUCCAUCUCCUGCCGCCUCCACCGGCUGGAGCUGUGCGCCCGCGACAAUCCCGGCUUCUCGCCCCCCGCCAGCCCCGGGGCUGGGGGCGGCGGCAGACCCGGUAGGCCCCCGGCCCGGCGGAAGUCCAUCUGA